AUGAGCGACGCCGAGCGCCGCGACGACGAGGCUGCGACCACCAGCGCCGCAGAUGACGACGACGACGAGGAGUACGAGGAGCCCGGUGGAGGGAACCACUUCCUCGGCUUCAUGUUCGGCAACGUCGACGAUGCUGGCGACUUGGACGCCGACUAUCUCGACGAGGAUGCGAAGGAACAUCUUUUUGCGCUGGCAGACAAGCUUGGUACAUCCCUGAAGGACAUUGAUCUAACCAAGUCUUCUCCAUCACCUGCUGAUCCUUCUGAGCAAGAUUAUGAUGAGAAAGCAGAGGAUGCUGUUGACUAUGAAGAUAUUGAUGAACAAUAUGAUGGACCUGAAGUUGAAGCAGCUACAGAGGAAGACCAUUUGCUAUCCAAGAAAGAUUACUUAUCCUCAAACACAAUGUUUGCUUCGGUCAGUAGUAAAGUUUCAGUGUUUGAGGAUGAGAACUAUGACGAGGAUGAAGAACCACCCACUGAUGUUGAGCUACCUGAUGAUAACGUUAUACCAGCUGAGCAGCUGGAUACGUUACCCUCUAACGAAGACCCUGCCAUCGAAACGGUAUCUAACUCGUUACCACAAUCAGGGGAAAGUAUGGACAUUGAAUAUGAAGUUUGUCAGCAGGAAGAAGUUGACACCGAAGCAGGUCAUCUCCAGUCUAAAUCUGGGACUUCCCUCCCUGUUUUAUGCAUAGAGGAUGGGAGUGUGAUCUUGAAGUUCUCUGAAAUUUUUGGCGCACAGGAGCCUGUAAGAAAAGCCAAGACAGAUUGCCAUCUACGGCCAGUGAAUAAAGAGCUCCGCAUCACAAAUGUCUGUGACAUUGUUGAAGAUGACGAGGAAGUAUUUCUGCGGAGUACUAUUCAAGAUCUCCCAUCUUUGAAGCAUAUCAAGAUGAGUGAAGAUUUUGUCGAGAGUGACAGUGAUGAGUUAACUUCUAAUGAUACUUGUGGGUUUAAAGACUUGUGUCUUUCUGAACAACCGAUGAAGGAUGCACACAAGGAUUUCCCUACUGCUCAACAAGCUCCAGUUUGUCCUGAUUUUUAUCCACUUGAGCAUGAUGACUGGGAAAAUGGUAUCAUUUGGGGCAAUUCACCGACAAAUGAAAGCCAGGCUUCUUUAAAAAGCUGUGUAAUAUCUGAAGAGAGUGCUGAUACUCAAAGUAAAGACACGGCUAAAGAUUAUGGUUAUGUAUCCAGGUGUUCUGAUGUACAGAGUAAAAAUAAUGGUUCUCCAAUGAUAACAGAGCCAGUAACAACACAGCCUUUUGGCUGUACGGAAAUACCUGCUUCAGCUAGUUACCAUUACCCUGAGAACAGUUACCCUCUGUUGAGAAAAGAGACUCCUCAGGAGAAGAAUGACUUGGACAACACAGUACCAAAUAACAUAAAUGGAACAUUUAAAAUUGAUACCAUGAAAUGUUUAAACAAUCUCUCAAGACUGAACAAGGAGCUGUUAGAAGGAUCUUGGUUGGACAACAUAAUUUGGGAUCCCAGUCAGGAUACUCCAAAGCCUAAGCUAAUCCUUGAUCUUAAAGAUGAGCAGAUGCUUUUUGAGAUUCUAGAUGAAAAGAAUGGGGAUCAUCUCCGCUCUCAUGCUCGUGCGAUGAUUGUCACUCGGUCAAUGAAGACUUCAACAGUGGGAAAUUUUGACCACAACAACCAAGCAGUUACAUUGGAUAGCCAGUUUGACAUUUCCAAUGACAAAUUUUAUUCUAACAGGAAGAUGUCACAGCAAGCUAAAUCUCAUACUAAAAAGCGUUCUUCAAUGGGCAUAAAGGUGGUACAUUCUGUUCCUGCUCAGAAGCUGCAGUUCAUGAAGCCGUUGAGCGAAAAGGAAAUUGUGAACUUCCAUAGACCAAAAGCUAAGUGGUUCCCCCGUGAAAAUAAAAUUGCUGCUGACUUGCAAGGACCUGCUUGUGGUCAUGGACCAAUGACUGUUAUAGUGAUGACAUUGGCUGGAAAAGGAGUGAAGCUUGCCGUCAACACAGAGGAAACUCCACUCUCUGUCAAAUCAAAAGCUUCCAAGAAAUUAGAAUUCAGACCAUCUGAAAAGAUCAAAUUAUUUUGUUCUGGAAAAGAACUUGAGGAUGAGAUCUCCUUGGCUAUGCAAAAUGUGCGGCCAAACUCUAUUCUACAUGUUGUUCGCACUGAAGUGCAUCUAUGGCCAAAAGCACAGAAGUUACCUGGUGAGGACAAGGCUCUACGUCCUCCUGGGGCAUUCAGGAAAAAGGUCGACUUGUCCGUUAAGGAUGGGCAUGUAUUUUUGAUGGAAUACUGUGAGGAGAGACCUUUACUACUUGCAAAUGCAGGAAUGGGUGCUCGACUCUGCACGUACUACCAGAAAACUUCACCCACUGAUCAGACAGCUACAUCCCUGCGAAGCAACAAUGAUGGACUGGGUACAGUGCUUGCUAUUGAGCCUGCUGAUAAAUCUCCUUUUCUGGGAGAUGUACGUUCUGGGUCUCAUCAAUCAUGUCUUGAAACAAACAUGUAUAGAGCACCUACAUUUCCUCAUAAGGUAGCAUCGACUGAUUAUCUUUUAGUUCGUUCGCCUAAAGGGAUGCUUUCUCUUCGUCGCAUUGACAAGCUAUACGCUGUUGGCCAACAAGAACCACAUAUGGAAGUAUUUUCACCAGGAACGAAGAAUAUGCUGAACUAUCUUAUGAAUCGAGUGCUCGUAUAUGUAUAUCGUCAAUUCCGUCUUAGGGAGAGGCCUGGUGCUCCAUCUCAGAUUCGAGCUGAUGAAUUACCUAUUCAGUACCCUCUGACAGAAGCUAUUGUGAGAAAACGAAUGAAGCAUUGUGCGGACUUGAAGAAAAUACCCAAUGGACCUUUGUUCUGGACACAGAGACCUGACUUCCGGAUUCCAUCAGAAGAGGAAGUGAGAAGAUUAGUGCCACCAGAGAGUGUGUGCUGUCAUGAGAGUAUGCAAGCUGGUCAGCAUCGUCUCCAUCGCUUGGGAAUUAAAAAGCUUACUCAGCCUGUGGGACUUGCUUCCGCAAUGAAUCAGCUUCCUGAUGAAGCAAUUGAGCUCGCUGCGGCAGCACAUAUUGAGAGGGAAUUGCAAAUCACUAGCUGGAACCUUACCAGCAAUUUUGUUGCUUGUACUAAUCAGGACAGAGAGAAUAUAGAAAGACUAGAAAUUACUGGUGUUGGUGAUCCAUCUGGCCGUGGUUUAGGAUUUAGCUACGUGCGAGUAACUCCAAAAGCACCUGUCGCUAAUUCAAGUCAUAAGAAAAAGUCUGCUGCAGCCAAAGGUACCACCGUUACGGGAACAGAUGCUGAUCUCCGCAGGUUGAGCAUGGAUGCAGCCCGAGAGUUGCUUCUCAAAUUUGGCGUUCCAGACGAGCAAAUUGAUAAAUUAACAAGGUGGCAUCGGAUUGCUAUGGUGAGGAAGCUUUCAAGUGAGCAAGCAGCGUCAGGAAUUACUAUUGAUGAAAUUCCAGUUAGUAAGUUUGCACGUGGACAAAGGAUGUCUUUUCUGCAGCUUCAACAUCAAACUAAAGAGAAAUGUCAGGAAAUUUGGGACAGACAAGUUCAGUCACUCUCAGCUAUGGACGGUGAUGACAAUGCCAGUGAUACAGAAGCCAACAGUGAUCUGGACUCAUUUGCUGGGGAUCUUGAAAACUUGCUAGAUGCUGAAGAAUUUGACGAUGAGGAUGUUGGUACUGCAGACCUGAGGAGUGAUAAAGCAGAUGGAACAAGAGGGCUUAAAAUGAGAAGGUGCCCUACUCAAGCACUAUCUAACGAAGAAAUUCAAGAUGAUGAAGCAGAAGCUGCUUUAGUAAAAAAAUUGCUUGAAGAGAGUGGUAAUGAUACAAAGAGGAAGAAGCAACCUGCGGGAAUGGCAAAUUAUGGCACCUCUAUGUAUAAUCAGGUUGCAAAUAAAACGAAGCAGGGUAAAUCGUCUGGCUAUGGUAGUGCAUCAACUCCAAAGGAGAGCACGCCAAGAGGAGUGAAAGAGGUCGAAUAUUCUUUUACUGAAGGUGCUUUACCCUCAAAACUUAAAACUAAGCCGAUGGGCGAUGCAAAUGAUAUCAUUCUAGUUAAAAAGAAAAAUGUUCCAGGAAAGGAUGGGUUUAAGGAGAAGAGGCAGGGAGCGAGGGGUGACAGUCUUGUAUGUGGAGCUUGUGGUCAGCUUGGACACAUGCGGACCAACAAACUGUGCCCCAAGUAUGGGGAGGAUCCAGAAACCUCAGAAAUGGAUGCCAUUUCCUUCAGACAUAAUCCUCUUGAUGUCGUGAGUCAUGUUCAAACAAAGGCACCAAGCAAGAGGUUGGUAGCCAAGGUUUCACCCGAAGUUCCUGAAACUGAGGGACCAGAAAGCAUUGAAAAGAUCAAACCAGUAAAAUUCAGAUGUGGGCCACCUGACAAGUUCUUGGAGAGGAGCAUGUCAGUCGCAGGUUCUUCGGUUUCUGAUAAACGUACAAUGGAUGCUACAGAUUUGAAAUCUACUGGAAAAGUGGGCAAGAUUAAAAUAUUCAAUAAGAUUAAAUCUGAAGAUUAUCCUCCUGAUACUCCUAAGCCAUCAGUUGUAAUACGUCCUCCUGCUGAAGCAGAGAAGGAUGCACCUCGUAAGAAGGUCAUUAUCAAGCAGCCUAAGGGGCAUGUAGACCAGCAAAGAGCUAUUGACAUUAGGAGUGGCCAGGAGCCCAGAAAGAUAAGGAAAAUUGCUGAGUUAUCAACCUUAGAGAAGGCUAACCGAGAGGAAGAUCAUUGGUUUGCUGGAGAGCCCAGCCAGAUGAAUUCCUCUGGUAGGUUGGGUUCGGAGGGUAAUAGAAAAAACAAAGUAAUGGGAAAUGAUGAAUCCUGGAGAGCUUUUCAAGAGCAGCGAGAGAGACAGGAACAGAGGUUAGUUGAAGCUAGGAUGUAUGAAGCAAGCAGGGAGGAAGAGCUCCAGAAGGCAAAGAAGAAAAACAAGAAAAAGAAAAAACAUGAAUUUCGAGAUGACGACGUUCUGGAUCACCGGCCAUAUAGAAAUGACAGAAAGGUACCUGAAAGGAAUCGAGCAGCAAAGAGACGUACUCCAGCUGAUAUGGCAGAAUAUGCUCCAUCGGCCAAGCGGCGCCGAGGAGGAGAGGUUGAGCUCUCCAACAUAUUGGAAAAGAUAGUUGAUCACCUGAGGGACCAAACUUCUAUAUCCUUAUUGUUCCUCAAACCAGUGACGAAGAAAAUCGCUCCUGAUUACUAUGACGUAAUCCUGCGCCCGAUGGACCUUGGCACGAUAAGGGACAAGGCGAGGAAGAUGGAGUACAAAAACAGGGACGAGUUCAGGCACGACGUGGCGCAGAUCAGAUUGAACGCGCAUUUGUACAAUGACUCGCGGCACCCCCACAUCCCUCCGCUAGCUGAGCAGCUCCUGGAGAUAUGCGACAGGCUUCUCUUGGAGAGCGCGGACUUGCUCGAUGAUGCGGAAAGCGCGAUCGAGGGGUAGGACAAUAACAAGAUACAGCACCUUUGCGCCGUAUCAUCAUCCUGACGUAGAUUGCUGUACCUGCUGAUCUUUAGCGAGCAAGGGGGGAAAGCACACCUGUAAAUUCUUUUUUAGGUUGGUCCUCGACUGUUUCUUCUGCCUGGUGGCUGCUUCCGGGUGUUUGGAGUCGGAGUGUACACAAGCAAGCUUUAGGCUAGUCGUCUAGGCAGGGCCCGCUGUACCUAUGGGGCCUCUUGCUGUAAAAAGUGUAGCAAUAUGACAAUGUCAAUAUUCAGAUGUUGUAGCUGUACAUCCUGUGCGCGGAUCAUCUUUUUUGAAUCAUAUGGAUAUAGAUGCAGAAAGGUCAAACAACUAUUCUUAUGGGCUCCUCUGUUGCUAAUGUUAUUUGUAUCAAUUCGAUUCAAAGGGUAGUCACUGA